AAAGCUCUAACCUAUCCAGCCAAAGCAUGCAUCUUAGCUGAGCCCUCUUCAAACCUCCCACGACAAGAACCAAUUUCUCUUGGCAAUGUGCUUCCGAGUGCUCUGCUGAGGAGCAAUGGGAAGUCUGCCCAGCAGAGGAAAAAUGCUGCCAAGCUCAAGCUCAAGCCCUUCUGUCCGAGGCCAGGACCCUGCACCCAUGCAAGCAGAGAGAAGCAAGGCUGCCGUGGCCCUGGGCAGUUUCCCUGCAGGUGGGCAGGCUGAGCAGUCACUGAGACUGGGGGAACCAUUGACCAUCCUCUCUGAAAAUGGAGACUGGUGGACAGUGCUGUCAGAAGUCUCAGGCAAAGAGUACAAUAUCCCCAGCGUCCAGGUGGCCAAAGUCUCCCAUGGGUGGCUCUAUGAGGGCCUGAGUCGGGAGAAGGCUGAGGAACUGCUGCUGCUCCCGGGGAAUCCUGGAGGGGCCUUCCUCAUCCGGGAGAGCCAGACCAGAAGAGGCUGUUAUUCACUAUCCAUCAGACUCAGCCGCCCUGCAUCCUGGGACCGGAUCAGACACUACAGGAUCCAAUGCCUUGACAAUGGCUGGCUGUACAUUUCACCGCGCCUCACUUUCCCUUCCCUCCAAGCUCUGGUGGACCAUUACUCUGAGGGCUAG